AUGCUCACUCCCAUUGACCCCGCCUCUUUCUCGCCCAUCGAUGGCUUCUCUCCUUCCCGCUCCCUCUUCAAGCGUUGCAAAACAUGCGACUCCGUCCCGACCUGUCCAGCUUGCCCUGAUGGCCAGACAUGUACCAUGACCACGCAGACUUGCGACAGCUGUUCUACCACGAAAUGUGUGUCGACUUCAACCAAUACUGCACCUCCGUCCAAGGGUACCAAUGUUGGUGCCAUUGCGGGUGGUGUGGUCGGAGGUGUGGUCGCUCUGGCCUUGCUCCUCUUCCUCAUCUGGUGGUUCGUUAUUCGUAAGCGCCGCAGUGCUCAAGCCGAGGAGAAGGAUCAUAGUGCCUUCAAUGCCGCCCGGGACGGACGCAAGUCCACCCAAUCCAUCGCCUCUACCGUUCUCACCCGUGCCUCCAACGUCAUCCAAAUUGCCUACAUUCCAGGCGUCACCAAUCGCUCCCCUCCCGAGACCCCUGCUACACUGGUGCCUCCCGUGCCACCCCUUCCCGGUGCGCACCCCGAUCAGCACUUCUUCAUGCCAGGUGAUCUGCGGGAUUCCUCUUGGACCACGAUGACGGGUCACCAAAGCAUGUCCCCAACCCUGCGGAGCAGUGUUGCGACAACCGUCUACCGCAGUGACGCCAUCGUCAGCGCAACCCCGGCGCAACAGAUUCAGCGUUCUCGUGCCAACAUCGUCAGUGUUCACAACGGACCUGGAGGUUCUGGCACUAGUACUCCGACUCAAGGAGUCCCGGUUAUGAUCACUCCCAGGGAUGCCCCCGCCGUCCCCGCUAUCACCUCGACUCAACUCGCCAAAGCUAGCGCCAUGUCACAGAGCGGCAGUUCCAUCGUGGCACGUCAAGUGAUGGCCAAGCCCGUCAUGGUCCGUGGUGCAUCAGUGAAGAAGAAGGAUGGACAGGUCCCUGCCAACAAGGAGACACAGGCAGACAAGAUGCCGGCCACCGCUGGAUCGGAUAGCAGCCGCCAAUUUGAUCAUCAAACAUCCACAUUCGACGGCAACUCCUCCGACGAAGAAGGCGACGAGACUCGCCCAACUACCUCCUCCAAUUCCACCAAGACCAAGCCUGCCACCACCCCCGAAGAGACUGCCGAAGACUCUGGUCCCUUCCAAGAUCAUCUCACCACCUCGGACACAACCUCUUCCUCGGUAGAUCAGAAACGCAGCUCCCACCACACCGAUCGCACACCACCACCACGUGUACGGAGUCCCUUCUCCGAUGACAACGAGGUGAAAUGA